UUACUUUGUGGAUAUCCCCCAUUAAGAUCACUGAUAUAUAUAUAUAUAUAUAUAUAUUUUUUUUUUUUUUUUUUUUUUUCAAUAGUUAUACUUGGGCAUGUAGGUUAUACAUGUAUUAUGUCACUCUAUUGCAUCCAGGGGCGGACUGACCAUUUGGAAACUCGGGCACUGCCCGAGGGCCCGGGAUGCCCCUGGUACCUUUUUCAUAGGCUUUUUUGAGUUUGGCCAAGGACACAGGGGCCCCAUGAUCCCCUAUUGCCCAGGGG